UUCUAUCUCUACUUUUGCCUCUCUCACUCUUCCCCUCUCAUUGUUUUCAAUGGCUCAAUACUCAAUUUUUGCUCUAUUCAUGUGUUGGGGUUUGGCUGGUCUAUGUGGGGCUAGGACUCUUCCCUUAUCGGACUCUACUUCUACUUCCAAGAGCUUUGAUGUCAUGGAUUAUGGAGCCAAGGGUGAUGGCAUGAAAGAUGACACUGAUGCAUUUGCCAAGGCAUGGAAUGCAGCUUGCAGUGCAAAAGGCUCACCAGAGAUGAUAAUUCCAUCAGGAAACUUGUUCAGGGUUGGACCAAUUCAGUUUACAGGACCAUGUGAAUCCAAUCAUGUUCAUGUUACUGUGGAAGGAGAUAUUGUGGGGCCACCUCCUUCUUCAUGGAAAGGUGCUAGUAAAGAAACAUGGCUUGUAUUCUCCCAUGUUAAUGGGCUUAUAGUUGAUGGGUCUGGAAAAAUAGAUGGUCAUGGCCCUGCUUGGUGGGCUCAGGCUUGUAGACAGAACAAGGGAGACAUAUGUGCAAAUCCAACGGCACUUACGGUAGAGUAUUCAAGUGAUGUGAGGGUGAGUGGGCUCAAUAUUGUGAACAGCCAACAAAUGCAUAUGGGCAUAGAGCAAUCCACAUCUGUUACUUUAUCUCAUCUCACCAUAAGGGCACCAGGAGAUAGCCCUAACACAGAUGGGAUUCACAUACAGGGCUCUAGCUCAGUAACCAUAGAGAAUUGCAACAUAGGAACAGGAGACGAUUGCAUCUCUAUUGGACCUGGAAGCUCCAAUCUCAAUAUCUCUCACAUAGUUUGCGGCCCUGGUCAUGGCAUAAGUAUUGGAAGUUUGGGGAAGGGAACAGAAAAAGCAAACGUUCAAGGUGUGCACGUGACAGACGUUAACAUGACAGGAACAACAAAUGGAGUCCGUAUUAAGACGUGGCAGGGAGGGGCUGGGACGACAUCAGCUGUUCAAGUGAAAGGGGUGAAAUUUAUUGGAGUAAGGGGAACUUCAGUCAGACCAGAGGCAGUGACGUUGGCUUGCUCUAAGAGUGUGGCUUGCACUAAUAUCCUUCUUGAUGGCAUAGACCUGAAAACAGUUGAUGGGGAGAAGACUGUGUCUUAUUGCCUCAAUGCCUUUGGCUCAGCCAAAGGCCAAGUCAUUCCCAAGCCAUGCCUCGAUUGAUUCAUUACUACUCUCUCUCUCUGUCUCUCUCUCUUUCUCACCUUUGAUCCAUUACUACUCUCUCUCUCUAUCACCUUUUAGGGAUUGGAUUGGAGGCUUUGGAUCACAAUCUUCAAGCUUGGAACCUUAGGUUAAAGGGCAUACACCACUCUUUUGUAAUGGGCAAAGAAACCUGUAAGGGUUUAUAUGUAAACCAUUAUAGCCCAAUUUAUAAUAUAAUGAUUAAUUCUCAUUUCUUCUCUU